CUUCCAUCAACUUCACUUACUAUUCUUCACACCCACAAAUACAAAUACAAUCGUAUUUUCCGACAACCUCGUCUGAGCUGAGGAAUCUGCAAAAGUGGUUCUUCUUCCAUUUCGAUUGGUGGUUAAUCAUGUCGAGAGUUGUCGCCGACGAUACGCCGCCGCGAGGGGACAGCUACCCGUUGCGGGAUUUGGGUUCGGGUUUGGGUUUGGGUUCGGGUCUGUCGCCGACGCUGGGGCAGCUGCUGAAGUGCGUCGGAGAUGUGAGGAAGGAGGUCGCCGGAGACGAGACACCGGUGCAUCAAGUGGUGGAGAUGGGCGACGCGGCGGUGGUGCCGCGGGCGGUGCCGUUUGUGCUGUCGUUUAAUAACAUUACGUACAGCGUGAAGGUUCGCCGGCGGGUUAAUUUCUGCUUCGGGCGGCGGGCGGCGACGGCGACGGCGACGAAGACGAUUCUGAAUGACGUCUCCGGCGAGGCUCGCGACGGCGAGAUUAUGGCGGUUAUGGGGGCGUCGGGGUCGGGGAAGUCGACGCUGAUCGACGCGCUGGCGAAUCGGAUGGCGAAGGAGAGCUUGAAAGGGAGCAUCACGCUCAACGGAGAACAGCUGGAGUCGCGGAUGCAGAAGGUGAUCUCAGCUUACGUGAUGCAGGACGACCUGCUUUUUCCGAUGCUGACGGUGGAGGAGACGCUCAUGUUCGCGGCGGAGUUCCGGCUGCCGCGGACGCUGACGGCGGCGAAGAAGAAGCUGCGAGUGCAGGCGCUGAUUGACCAAUUGGGGCUGCGGAACGCCGCCAAGACGGUCAUCGGAGACGAAGGCCACCGCGGCGUCUCCGGCGGGGAGCGCCGGCGAGUUUCGAUCGGAAUCGACAUUAUCCACGACCCGAUACUGCUCUUCCUCGACGAGCCGACCUCCGGCCUCGACUCCACCAGCGCUUUCAUGGUGGUCAAGGUGUUGCAGAGGAUUGCACAGACCGGAAGCAUCGUCAUCAUGUCGAUUCAUCAACCGAGCUACCGAAUCCUCGGGUUGCUGGAUCGGAUGAUCUUCCUGUCGCGGGGACAGACUGUUUACGGCGGCGCUCCGCCGGCGCUGCCGCAGUUCUUCGCCGACUUCGGCCACCCCAUCCCCGACAACGACAACCGUACGGAAUUCGCCCUCGACCUCAUCCGCGAGCUCGAAGGCUCCGCCGGCGGCACCAAAAGCCUCGUCGAAUUCAACAAAACAUGGCAGUCAAUGAAACGCGAAAAUCAAAAUCAAAAUCAAAUCCCUAAUUUGACGAACCUGUCGCUGAAGGAAGCAAUCAGCGCGAGCAUUUCACGGGGGAAGCUCGUCUCCGGCGCCGCCGCAACAACGAACGGAGGAGCAAACACUCCGGCGUCGCUAGUCCCGACCUUCGUAAACCCUUCCUGGAUAGAAAUGGCGGUUCUAUCAAAACGCUCCUUCACAAACUCGCGCCGAAUGCCGGAGCUCUUCGGCGUCCGUCUCGGCGCGGUGAUGGUGACCGGAUUCAUCCUAGCGACGAUGUUCUGGCGGCUCGACAACUCCCCCAAAGGCGUCCAGGAGCGCCUCGGCUUCUUCGCUUUCGCCAUGUCCACAACCUUCUACACCUGCGCCGACGCGCUACCGGUCUUCCUCCAGGAGCGGUACAUCUUCAUGAGAGAAACCGCGUACAACGCCUACCGCCGGAGCUCGUACGUGCUCUCCCACGCGCUCGUCUCCCUCCCGGCGCUGCUCUUCCUCUCCCUAACCUUCGCCGCCAUAACUUUCUGGGCGGUAGGUCUGGACGGCAGCUUCGUCUUCUACUUCCUGAUAAUCUUCGCAUCGUUUUGGGCGGGGAGCUCGUUCGUGACGUUCCUGUCAGGCGUGGUCCCCCACGUGAUGCUAGGGUACACCAUAGUGGUGGCGAUUCUGGCCUACUUUCUGCUAUUCAGCGGUUUCUUCAUCAACCGCGACAGGAUUCCGGCGUACUGGAUCUGGUUCCACUACAUAUCGCUGGUGAAGUAUCCGUACGAGGCGGUGCUGCAGAACGAGUUCGGAGAUCCGGCGAAGUGCUUCGUGAGGGGGAUACAGAUCUUCGACAACACACCGCUGGGGGCGGUGCCGGCGGCGCUGAAGGAGAAGCUUCUGGAGAGCGUGAGCAGGUCGCUGGGGAUGAGGAUAACGCCGGCGACGUGCGUGACGACGGGGGCGGACAUUUUGGAGCAGGAGGGGGUGGAUGACGUGUCAAUGUGGGGGUGCUUGUGGGUAACCGUCGCCUGGGGGUUCUUCUUCAGGGUGCUGUUCUACUUGUCGCUCUUGAUGGGGAGUAAGAACAAGAGGAGGUAAAUUUAUUUAAUAGUAAUUAUUAUUAAUUAUAAAUAGUGAAAAUAUAUAAAAGUAUAUAUAAUGAAAUAUGAAUAACACACACAAGAAGUUUUUCUGUAUCUAUUUUAAUGGAUAUUGUUGUUGUUGUUGGUAAGUGGUAAGUGAUAUGAUAUAAUUGUUGUUGUGGUUGUAUACACUAAUGACUGGGAUUUUUGUUGCUUUAUUAGCUCCAAUCUUGCAUGUAUGUAUUUUUAUGUGCUUAGCUUGUUGAGAUGACACAAUGAA